AGUCGAUGACCAUCCCGACGAUAACAGCGACCGAGAUCGACAACAUGUUGAAAUUAGAUGCCCGGGAUAGUUAUAUAACAGCAACUUUGUUCUUUGCACUUUAGUUCUUUUGCAUCUGGAUCAUAUACCCACCUCAGCGAUCUGGACCUCACAUUGACAGGGAAUAUCAAAACCAUCACCAUCCUAACGCUCGCUGAUGCUCUACAGCAUUUCAACUAUGAAGGCGUCACUCUUGCGGCCAACAACACCCAUUCGAUAAUUUUAUCUUUAGCACCUUCAGUUAUUACAUUUUCGGAUCCCAAAACUGGGACGACAUGCCACCUCACGUUGAAUGAGCCCCUGAUGAUCUAUCGAUCGAAACUGAUCUGGACCUACGGCGCAAUCGAGCCCCGGUUUGGUCCUAUGAUCGUCGCACUCAAGCGCUUGACAGUACAGCGACGCCUCCUCAGUGGCUCCAUAUACCAGGACCAACGAGCCUCGAUGCCCCUGGGCAGUUAUGCGUUGGCAUUGAUGCUGAUUACGUUUCUUCAGACAGAAAAUCCCCCGAUUCUACCAAAGUUGCAGCAGGCACCCUCACAAGACGAUCACGACCGGCCGAUGAAGGAGGUGAUUGUGCAGGGAAUCGAUUGUUCGUUCGAUCGGGAUUGGAAGUUUUAUCGCGAAACCGGAUCAGGAUCAGGGAAUAUCAAAAGCGCGGCGGAGCUGUUGGUGGACUUCUGUCGGUUCUUUGGAUACGUGUUUGACUAUGAGUCCAAGGAAGUGAAUGCGAGGAUUGGGGCGUUUCGAUGGCGUCCAGAUGUGUCGAACAAGAGCGAGAACACGGUCGAUGACCUAGCAUCGACAGGGUCAACAAAUGUUGUCUCGAUGACGGCGCCUGGUGCUAUGACCGCGACGACGACGAAGGAGAAGGAGAGUAGCAGUGCAGUUUUGUUCCAGGUGAUGGAUCCGUUUGUGAUAGGAUUGAAUGUCAUGGCUGGAUGUUCUGAUGAGAAGGUGAGGAUGGUGAAGGAGUGCUUCCAGGAGGCAUAUGAGGCGCUGAUCGAAGGGGACAUUAAUCUCGCGUUUUCGGACUCAUAGUCAGUGUGUCCAAUAAAAAUAUUGAAC